AUGCUUACUGCAGAGAUUCCUCCGUUCAAAAAGCCAGCUAAGCGAGCGAAGCUCACGGCCGACACCAACGUUUCUGCGACGAUGCUUGCGACGGACACCGAUGCCCCCUAUCCCUUCGACAAGCCCAACGCCGACACGAUCCUGCGCACAUCUGACAGAGUGAAGUUCCGCGUCCGCAACGCCAUCCUCGCCGAGGCGUCGGUGUUCUUCGAGGGCAUGUUCAGCUGCCCGCAGCCGCCCGACUCGCAGCAGUGCGAUGGGCUGCCCGUUGUCGAUGUCGCGGAGGACAGCAAGACGCUCGACGCACUCCUGCGGUUUUGCUACCCCUUCGACCCGCCCGAGCUCGCGACGCUCGACGAGCUCGUGCCCGUGCUCCGCGCCGCUCUCAAGUAUGUGAUGGAUCCGUUUAUGGUGUCCCUCCGCAAGCAGCUGGUCGCGGUGGCGGAGAAGGAGCCAAUGGGCGUGUACAUGAUCGCGUACGAGUUGGGGUUCAAGGCUGAAAUGCUGGCCGCCGAGAAGUAUCUGCAGGAUGAGUGGUGCAACACAUAUUAUCCUGGAUUGGAGGAGAUGCCGGUGGAGGUGUACUUCAAACUCCUGAAGGCCUCCCUCGCUGGGGAGCCCUCAGAACCUGAACAGCCGCCGAGUUCAUUUAGGUCAUCCAAACUUCGGAAAAAAUCCGCCAAGAAAUCAGGGAGGCCGGAGGAGCACCGGGAGACACCCGCAGAAAAACCAGACAACAGGUUCCACGAUUGCGGGCUGAUAAAUCCAUCGGAGCACAAGACGACCGCUGCUGAGUACCCGUUCGAUUUGAGCGACGCAGACGCUGUUCUGUGCACUUCGGACGCGGUAGAAUUUUGCGUCCAUACUUCAAUAUUGAGUAUCGCAUCUCCAGUUUUCCGGCACAUGUUCACAGGAACAGAGAAAGAUGUGAUGUAUACGAAGCACGAGCCAAGCUCACGCCGGCCAACUGGCAUGAUUGUUGUCACAGAAGACAGUAGAACGUUAACGGCGCUCCUCAGAUUUUGCUACCCCGUCGAAGAUCAGGAAGUAGAAGACCUCGAAUGGGCGGGAGUGCUCCUGCGUGUGGCAAAAAAAUACCAGAUGGCUACCGCAAUGAAACGGCUUCGAGAGAUAUUUGCGAAAUUUGCUCAAGAACGACCAUUGCGCGCGUACGCCAUCGCUUGUGUGCACCAGUGGGACCUGGAAGGGAAACAAGCGGCGCGUGUUGUGUUGCGCGUCCGGAUCAAGGACCAUUCUGCGGAGGAUCUCAAAGGCAUAUCAGCAGGGACAUAUCAUCGCCUUUUGAAGUACCACAAGGACUGCGCAAAGGCUGCAAGCAGUAAAGUGGAAGAGGACCUAAAUGGCGGAAAACUCGACCGUGCAUUUAUGCAAACCCGAAACAUCAUUUGUUGCAAUUGUGGUCACCGAGCUCAAACAGAGAAUUAUCGCGCGUACAUCGGGUGCUGGUGGCGUGGGUACGUCCGUCGCGUCGCGUUGGAGCUGGAGGAGAAACCAGACGGAGAAACGGCCAAGGAUGCCAAGCUGCUGGGGCCUGCCAUUGCCGAUGCACAGACUUGUAUAAUAUGCGAGCCCAGUACUUUUCAAGACCUCUGGAAUUGCAGUGUAGGACUGGCAAGCAAGAUUGACUACGUGGUGUCCAGAGUAUCAAUCGAAAUCAGAUGA